AUGGAUUACAUGUCUCCCAGACUGGAAGCUUUCCUCUCGGAACCCAUUGGGGAAAAGGAUAUCACCUGGGUGGAUGGAAUCAGUCAAGAGCUUGCCAUCAAUUUGGUCACCAAAGGUUUUAACAAGGCCUAUAUCCUGUUGGGACAGUUCCUGCUGAUGCACAAGGAUGAGGCAGAGUUCCAGAAGUGGAUCAUCUGCUGCUGCGGUGCCACCGAGUGCGAGGCCCGGCAGAGCUCCACCUGCCUGAAGAAGUGGUGUGCCUGCUUCCUGUGA